AUGUGGAGCUCCAAUGACUGGCCUGAGCAGAGCCCUCGCACCUCGGCGGAGGCCGGGCGCAGAAACGUAGCGCUGCGCAGUGGAGAGAGGACCGUGUGGCUGCUCGAGCGAGUUCGAGGUCUUUUGACAUCCAACACUCCUCGCCACCUCACCUUCCUCGACUCACCCGACAUCGCAUUUCAAGCCAACCCUGGCCACAUCAUCACCAUCGGCUUUUUCGCUACGCGCUACUACCGUCCCGCGGCGCCAAUCACCUCCGACCCACGCUUCUUUCAGCUGGAAUCACCAACACCAGCACCACCUUCGACGUUUCUCUUUGUUGAGAGCGACUCCACCGCUUCCAUCAGCAUCAUUCGCGGGCGCUGA